UACAAAGGCAAAAAGGUCGCCCUGGUAGCAUGGCCGGUGCUGACAUGGUAUUGUAUCGGCGACAAAACAGAGCAGAUCACCGCAUUGAGAAAGAAAUGUCUAGAAAAAGGAAACAUCAACAAAUGUCGGAAGUGAAUCUCGAACUCAACGAAGAUUUUGGUAUGGACUAUGAAGAAGAUAUUGGUGAAAGUGAGCCUGAAGUAGCGGAAACCAAUGUGAAAAAAAUACAGAACAAACUGCUUCAACUUGUAUUAACAGGGGAAGAAAACAUUUUAUCACACCGCGAUUGCUUUCAGCACUUGAUAGCGCCAAAGUAAGCGAUGGAAAGGCGAUGCACAUUCUGAUGGCGACUGCAGAAGCAUUGGGCCAUUGCACUAGCGACUUGGUAGUCAAUCGUUCUACUCUCCAUAGACUGAGGGAAGAGCAUCGCAGAAAAGAAACACAGAGGAUUCAAGAGAGUUUUAUUGACAAAAUAAGUGAUACACAAGCAAUGGUCGUCCACUGGGAUGGUAAAGUAUUGCCAGAUCUAAUUGAAAAAAUAAAAGUUGAGCUAAUUGCAGUGCUUGUUAGUUAUAAUGGCGAAUCCAAAUUUCUAGGCGCUCCAAAACUUAUAUCUGCCACUGGUGAAAAUAUAGCUACAGCCGUUUUUGAUACACUUAGUAAAUGGAAUAUUUUAGAUCGCGUAGAAGGCAUGUCUUUUGACACCACGUCCACUAAUACUGGUCCAAUGAAUGGAGCAUGCGCUCAAUUGCAACGCAUGUUAGGAAGAAAUUUGUUGACGUUACCAUGCCGUCACCAUAUUCUAGAAAUAUACUUACGUAGUGUAUUCGACCUGCAUUUCAAAGUGACUCAAGCACCAGAAGUCUCAAUUUUCGAGAGAUUUGCCAAAGCCUGGCCAAAUAUUGACACUUCAUCAUUUAAGAGUGGGCUCGACUGUGAAGAUAUAAAAUCUCAUAUAAGUGAUGGCAUCUGCAAUGACAUCAAACAAUUUUGUCAUUCACAAUUACAAAAAACUUUUGUUCGUGCUGACUACAAAUUUUUACGUCUAGUACUUACAUUUCUUGGUGACAAAGGUGGUAAAUUUAAAACACCCGGAGUUACAAGUCAUGCACGUUGGAUAACAAAGGGAAUAUAUUCCUUGAAAAUAUUUCUUUUUCGUGAUCAAUUUCACUUGAGUAAAGCUGAAUUAAAAGGCUUAAGUCAAAUUUGCGUUUUUUUAGUGCGUUUAUAUAUAAAAGCUUGGUACAAAUGCUCUAAUGCAAUUACCUCUCCCCUGCAUGAUUUAAACUUUGUAAAAGAAUGUAUUAAUUAUGAAAAAGUGGACCCAAGUAUUUCUUCGGAAUUGCUGAGAAAAAUGCAACAACACAUGUGGUAUAUGUCAGAGGAAAACGUCGCAAUGGCUUUCUUUGAUUUCAAUGUUUCUGUAGAUGUUAAGAAAAAAAUGGUAAAAAAUUUAAAAUCAGAAGAGCCAACUAUUAAACUACAAAACAAUCGCAAAAUAAAAAAAAAGGUGCGUGGAGUCCCUACGCGCGGAUGAAGUUAUACUUCUUAGUGAUAUUCAGAAAUGCAUAUCAUUUUGUAUGAAAGAAAACUAGAAAACUUAAAUUCACAUUUUAUAAAUUUAUUAUGCACAUAAAAUGAAGAAUAAAGCAAAGUCUAAAUGAA